CUUCAGCUCUCCCUCAGCACAGGAGGAGGCUGUGGGCUGCGGACUGAGUGCUGGAAUGAGGAGUCAUUGAGCUUCAGCUGAGCAGGAGGUAGCUUUCUCCUCCCGGUGUCAUUGCUGCAGCCUCCAGUGCCGGGACCCUAGUUUCUCAGCUGCCUCUCUUCCCGGUGCAAUAUCGCCUGUAAAGACAGCAAAGCCGCCACAGAAGUUGCCCGGCAGAAGGCUCCGGAGGCAUUGGCUCCGUAACUUUUCACGUCAUUUUCUGCUCGGGAGCCCCUUCUCGCCUCUCCGCGCAGCCUUUCCCACCGCAAAUCACCAGUGCUCAUGGGGCAGGCAGAGAGGAGCUUGCAGCAUUGAGCGGAACCGGACUCGAGCCCGUGAUGUCCGGCACCAAAUUGGAGGACUCCCCCCCUUGUCGCAACUGGUCAUCUGCUUCGGAGCUGAAUGAAACUCAAGAGCCCUUUUUAAACCCCACCGACUAUGACGAUGAGGAAUUCCUGCGGUACCUGUGGAGGGAAUACCUGCACCCGAAAGAUUAUGAGUGGGUCCUGAUCGCCGGAUACAUCAUCGUGUUCGUCGUAGCUCUCAUUGGGAACGUCCUGGUUUGUGUGGCAGUGUGGAAGAACCACCACAUGAGGACAGUAACCAACUACUUCAUAGUCAAUCUUUCUCUGGCUGAUGUGCUUGUGACCAUUACCUGCCUUCCAGCCACACUGCUCGUGGAUAUCACUGAGACCUGGUUUUUUGGACAGUCCCUUUGCAAAGUGAUUCCUUAUCUACAGACCGUGUCAGUGUCUGUGUCUGUCCUCACACUGAGCUGUAUCGCCUUGGAUCGGUGGUAUGCAAUCUGUCACCCUUUGAUGUUUAAGAGCACAGCAAAGCGGGCCCGUAACAGCAUUGUCAUCAUCUGGAUUGUCUCCUGCAUUAUAAUGAUUCCUCAGGCCAUCGUCAUGGAAUGCAGCUCUAUGUUCCCGGGCUUAGCCAAUAAAACCACCCUCUUUACAGUGUGUGAUGAGCGCUGGGGUGGUGAAAUUUAUCCCAAGAUGUACCACAUCUGUUUCUUUCUGGUGACAUAUAUGGCACCACUGUGUCUUAUGGUGUUGGCUUAUCUGCAAAUAUUUCGUAAACUCUGGUGUCGACAGAUUCCUGGAACAUCGUCUGUAGUUCAGAGAAAAUGGAAGCCCCUGCAGCCUGUUUCACAGCCUCGAGGGCCAGGACAGCCGACAAAGUCCCGGAUAAGCGCUGUGGCGGCUGAAAUAAAGCAGAUCCGAGCCAGAAGGAAAACAGCCCGGAUGUUGAUGGUUGUGCUUUUGGUAUUUGCAAUCUGCUAUCUACCAAUUAGCAUCCUCAAUGUGCUAAAGAGAGUAUUUGGGAUGUUUACCCACACCGACGACAGAGAGACUGUGUAUGCCUGGUUUACCUUUUCACACUGGCUUGUAUAUGCCAAUAGUGCUGCGAAUCCAAUUAUUUAUAAUUUUCUCAGUGGAAAAUUUCGAGAAGAAUUUAAAGCUGCAUUUUCUUGCUGUUGCCUUGGAGUUCACCAUCGCCAGGAGGAUCGGCUCACCAGGGGACGAACUAGCACAGAGAGCCGGAAGUCCUUGACCACUCAGAUCAGCAACUUUGAUAACAUAUCAAAACUUUCCGAGCAAGUCGUGCUCACUAGCAUAAGCACACUCCCAGCAGCCAAUGGAGCAGGACCACUUCAAAACUGGUAGAAUAUUGGUUCAUAUGACAAGGAUACCUGAGUAAAACUAUCCUUUUUAAAAUCACUGGGAACAAAAAUUUUAUUAUCCUAUUGAUGUGAAGUUAAAAUUGCUUGUGGAUCUUUUUUUUUUUUUUUAAUCUAUUGCUCUUUGGAAAAAAAAAAAGUUAGUUUAAAAUGAUUUCUCAACUUUUGAUUUAAAUAUGUUAGAAGUUUAACCUUCAACUGAACUUAUUUCAGGCUAUUUCACUUUUAGUUUCAUGUGUUAUAAUGUGUGUUAAUUAAAUGUUUAAACAUUUCU